AUGUUGAAGAGAGCAGCCAAGCUAGGCAAAUAUGCAGGCGAGCACUCGUCGGACGAGGAGACCUCGUCAGAUGAAUCAGAUCCUCGCAUCCGUGCGAUCUUAGCACAGGUGGAGCGGGAAAUUGAAGAAGGUAAACUAAGUCUUGAGGCAGACGAUGCAGAAGACAGUGGUAUGGAGAGCGAACAUGACGAUGAAAAUAGUGACAAGAAACGAAAGAGUAAGGUAGACCCGAAGCCAUUCUGUGAGGUAAAUGAGACAAAGAAAUUGGACGAUGAUUCUGAGAUCACAUACACGGGUGAGAAAUAUGUAUGCUCCGUGUGCCCGCCGAGGAAUAUGUGGCUAUCGAUCCAGGUGGAGAUGCACGUGAAGAGUAAGUUGCACAAGAAAAAGGCUGGUGCGUUUAAGAAAGAGGAGAAGAAAAAGAAUCUGACUGACGAGCAAAUAAAAACCAUUUUGGAACGCAAAGAGAGGAAACGCAAGCAUCGCUUCGAAAGGUCUAAGCUGGCAAAAAAAGCGAAAAAGGAGAAACAAGAAGCUGAAAAGGUCAAGAACGCGGAUACCGGCAAAGAUUCAUUAGAGACUAGUAAGAGCAUAGACACACCUGCACACACGGAGAAAGCAACUAAGCCUGAAUCGGCUAAGGACGUAAAGCCUGCCGAAGAUGAGAGUGUGGUGAGCCCGGGGGUUGAUGAGUUGAGUCUUGCAGUGACCAAGAAGAACUCUGGGAAGAACUCUGAGAAGAAAUCUGGCAAGGCUGCUAAGGUGGGCAGGGAGAGUAGUAACGUUACAGGUGGUACUCAAGAGGACGUGAAGGAGCCGACUAAAGAUACCGGCAAGGGGCAGAAGAGGAAAACGUCUCAGAAGUCAUCUGGCAAAACGCCCAAAAAGGUGAAAACAAAUGAGAGUUGA